AUGGUGAAAUCAAUCAGAUUGAUUGCUUUUUAUGGAAUGGAAGAUCUGAAAUACCUAUAUUUUAUCACUUUCUUUUUUUUGUACUUGAUCAUUCUUGCUAUGAACUUUGUUAUAAUUGUUGUCAUUUAUGUUGACAGAGGUCUACAUGAACCAAUGCACUUAUUUUUGUGUAAUUUGGCAUUUAAUGGAUUAUAUGGGAGCACUGCUUUAUUACCACCUCUCUUGGGUACUCUGAUGUCAAACACUCAUGAAGUAUCUCUGUCCUGCUGUCAAGCACAGAUCUAUUGCUUACAAACAUAUGCAAUAGCUGAAUUUACUAUUUUAGCAGUGAUGGGUUAUGACAGGUAUGUUGCCAUUUGUUACCCCCUGCAAUAUCACAGCAUCAUGUCUUUUUCAAAAGUGUGCAUUUAUAUAGCUUUCUCAUGGCUUUAUCCACUUCUUGGCUUUUCAAUCAUUUUUGCUCUCACUUUGCAACUCAUGUUUUGUGGCAAAAUAAUAGACAAGGUGUAUUGCAUUAACUAUUCCCUCAUCAAGCUCUCCUGUGACGACACAUCAAUUGUGAACAUUGCUGGACUGGCAUCAGUUAUUGCGUAUACUGUUCCUCAGAUCACAAUGAUAGUUUACUCAUACGCACACAUUCUUAAGGUCUGUUUGCACUCCUCCAAAGAAUCACAAAUGAAAGCACUGAGGACGUGUAGCCCCCACUUAGCAGCAGUGUUAAUCUAUUCUAUCGGAUUGUUUUUUGAAAUAUGUCAAAAUAGAUUAAACAUGAAUGAUGCGCCUUACGAAACUCGUAUAUUCAUGUCCCUGUACUAUUUGAUUUUUCCUCCUUUACUAAACCCUGCAAUCUAUGGGAUCAGCAUUAAAGCCAUACGAGGUCGGAUUUUUAAAAUGUUCCACUGUGAAAUUCUGGUUCAAUAUGAUUUCACCGAUAAGGGAGGGGUCAAGGAUGUGUGUUCGGGCACCCAGGAGUUCUCCUCAGGCCCGUACUCCUCCGGGACGAACCUUCAGGAUUCGGUGGACAGUGCAGACCGGGCCGCCUUCGACAAGACGGGGGGUGGAGGUGGUUUGGCUGGAGGGCUGAGUGGGGAUGUGACAUAG